CAGAAACCCCCCACUUUCUCCACCCCUCCGCUCUCCACGUCCCCUUCCCCGCCCAGCCAUGGCGUCGGCCGCCAGCAACCAUUGUGGUGGUGCGGCCGCCGCCAAGCAGCUCAGGGUGCUGCUGCCUUUCUUCUGCGACGACAGGCUGCGCAUCCCCGACGAGCUCGCCAAGGAGAUCGGCGCCGGGGAGGCCCUCGUCGUCGGCCCGUGCGGCGUCAAGGCCAGGGACGUCUGGCCCGUCGGGCUCGGGCGGGACGGAGGCGGCGCGUUCCUGGGGCGCGGGUGGCCCGAGUUCGCCGCCGCGCACGGCGUCGGCGCCGACUGGCACCUCGCUCUCCGCCACCGUGGCCGUGGCGUGCUCACCGUCAAGGCGUUCGACGACAGCUGCUGUAUCCGGGGCCUCGGCGUUCAACAACCUGCAGCCGCAGUUCAAGCAAGCACGAGGUGUGAAGAUAUUGACUGUAAACCGCAGUUCGUCUGUAUGCUGUCACCAGACUCCAUGGAAAAGAUGCUCAUACCCGCUAAGUUUGUACAAUACUACAUCACCAAAGGGGAACUGUAGAACCCUAUGGCUGUUGUGUUAGGCCCUAUUGGAAAAGUUAAUAGCUUUAAGAUCGAGAUGGAUCAGUCAGAUGUGUUCUUUGCCGGUGGCUGGCCACAAUUUCUGGCAUUCCAUGGCAUCACUGAAUCAAAUGCUCUGAUGUUAAGGUAUGAGGGCAACAUGGUGUUUACAGUCAAAGUGUUUGAGCCCGAUGGAUGCCAGAGGAAGUCCAAGCACAAGGACAACAUAAUGCAACAAAGUGAGCAAGAGAUAAAUCUUGAAAUGCAACAGGAAGCACUAUCCGUACCCAUUUGGAAGUGUAAGAAGGAGAAUGAUUUGCCUUGUAGCGAAGUACAUAAACUAAAAGGCUUCCUGCCUUCUCUGAAUGAGGCAUCAUUACAGAGGAAUUCUUUCUACGAGAUUGGGCAGCCGUCAUGGAUAAAGAAGCAGAUCAACACUGAGACACUUGAGAAUCAUCUUGCUUUGCCAAUAGCUUUCUGUGAUGCGAUCGGACUUCAUAAGCCUUCCAUGAUCACGUUCAAGACCACAAUGACUGGGUCUUGGCGGGUGCGUGGUAUCCCAUGCAACAAACAGAGCUACCUUCUUGUGCAUGGUUGGAGGAGGUUCUCUGAGGAGAACAAUGUCAAGGAAGGUGACAUCUGCACCUUCAAUGUAAUGAAAACUACAAUGUGGCAUGUUGUCAUCACGCGCUAUAUUACGAAGCUACCGGAAACACCUUUUGCUUCCAGUACGAAGUGUAAGAGCAUCGAUGACAGGCCAAUUAGUCAAGGACAAGAGAUGUCAAAAGGCUCCAAGGCAUCAUCACAGAAAAGAAUCCCUUAUGAGAUUGGGCCUCCAGCUUGGAUAAAGAAGAAGAUAUUAAACAUGAAUAACCGUUAUUUUGUGAGUACAGUUAUUUUUACCUUGAUCAACUUGGGAAUAGGUAAAGAUCAUUUGAGUU